CUAAAGCAAAGCGAAGCAAAUGCAGACACCAAAGAAAAACUCCCUUUGCGCCUGAGAAUCUUUGAAAAAUUCCCAAACAGACCGCAAAUGGUGAAAAUCUCAAAACUUCCUUCAGAUUUUACUGUUCCUAAGAUCAGGGAAAGCUUCAUGAAGCAGUUCAUUGACCGCCAACAACAGGACACCUGCUGUCUCUUCAGAAUCCUCCCUUCCACAUCUUCCUCGUCAUGUGAUAACCCCAAGCGGCCCACGGUCGAAGACAACAAAUACAUUGAUCAAAAACUCCGCAAGUCUGUUUUCAGCAUCAGGGCCAGGAACCUUCUGGAAAAGGAGACUGCAGUCACAAAGAUCUUAAGAGCUUGCACUCGACAGCGCAUGCUGAGCGGAUCAUUCGAGGGGCAGCCAGCAAAGGAGAGGUCAAUCCUUAGUGUGCAGCAUCACAUCCGCCAGGAGCGCAGGUCACUAAGACAUGGAUCCAACAGCCAGAGGAUCAGCAGAGGCAAAUCUCUUGAAACUUUAACUCAAGAUCAUUCAAAUACAGUGCGAUACAGAAAUGCACAAAGAGAAGACAGUGAAAUAAAGAUGAUUCAGGAGAAGAAGGAACAAGCAGAGAUGAAAAGGAAAGUGCAAGAAGAGGAACUCCGAGAGAACCACCCAUACUUUGACAAGCCGCUCUUCAUUGUGGGGCGGGAGCACAGAUUCAGAAACUUCUGCCGUGUGGUGGUCCGAGCACGCUUCAAUGCAUCAAAAACAGAUCCUGUCACCGGAGCUGUGAAAAACACCAAGUACCACCAACUUUAUGACUUACUGGGACUGGUCACUUACCUGGACUGGGUCAUGAUCACCGUGACAAUCUGCUCCUGCAUUUCCAUGAUGUUUGAAUCACCCUUCCGGAGAGUCAUGCAUGCACCCACUUUACAGAUUGCUGAGUAUGUGUUUGUGAUAUUCAUGAGCAUUGAGCUUAAUCUGAAGAUUAUGGCAGAUGGCUUGUUUUUCACUCCAACUGCUGUCAUCAGGGACUUUGGUGGUGUCAUGGACAUAUUUAUCUAUCUUGUGAGCCUGAUAUUUCUUUGUUGGAUGCCUCAAAAUGUUCCUGCUGAGUCAGGAGCCCAACUCCUCAUGGUUCUUCGGUGCCUAAGACCACUGCGGAUAUUCAAACUGGUUCCCCAAAUGAGAAAAGUUGUUCGAGAACUUUUCAGUGGCUUCAAGGAGAUUUUUUUGGUCUCCAUUCUAUUGUUGACACUGAUGCUUGUUUUUGCAAGCUUUGGGGUUCAGCUCUUUGCUGGAAAGCUAGCCAAAUGCAACGAUCCCAACAUUAUUCGAAGGGAAGACUGUAAUGGCAUCUUCAGAAUUAAUGUCAGUGUGUCCAGGAACUUAAAUUUGAAAUUAAGACCUGGAGAGAAAAAGCCUGGAUUCUGGGUGCCCCGUGUUUGGGCGAAUCCUCGGAACUUUAACUUUGACAAUGUGGGAAAUGCCAUGCUGGCAUUGUUUGAAGUUCUGUCUUUGAAAGGCUGGGUAGAAGUGAGGGAUGUCAUUAUUCAUCGCGUGGGGCCGAUCCAUGGAAUCUACAUUCAUGUUUUCGUAUUCUUGGGUUGCAUGAUCGGACUGACCCUUUUUGUUGGUGUAGUCAUUGCUAACUUCAAUGAAAACAAGGGGACAGCUUUGCUGACGGUAGAUCAGAGAAGAUGGGAAGAUCUCAAGAGCAGACUGAAGAUUGCACAGCCUCUUCAUCUCCCACCGCGGCCUGAUAAUGAUGGCUUUAGAGCUAAGAUGUAUGACAUAACACAACAUCCCUUUUUCAAGAGGACAAUUGCAUUGCUUGUUCUGGCCCAGUCUGUGUUGCUCUCUGUCAAGUGGGACGUCGAGGACCCCGUGACUGUUCCUUUGGCAACAAUGUCAGUGGUCUUCACCUUCAUCUUUGUCUUAGAGGUUACAAUGAAGAUCAUAGCAAUGUCACCAGCUGGGUUCUGGCAAAGCAGAAGAAACAGAUAUGAUCUCUUGGUGACAUCUCUUGGUGUUGUAUGGGUGGUGCUUCACUUUGCUCUGCUGAAUGCAUACACCUACAUGAUGGGAGCCUGUGUGAUUGUCUUUAGAUUUUUCUCCAUCUGUGGAAAGCAUGUGACAUUAAAGAUGCUCCUUCUAACCGUGGUUGUCAGCAUGUACAAGAGCUUCUUUAUCAUCGUAGGGAUGUUCCUCUUGCUGCUGUGCUACGCCUUUGCCGGGGUUGUUCUGUUUGGUACUGUGAAAUACGGAGAGAACAUCAACAGGCAUGCCAAUUUUUCCUCAGCUGGCAAAGCUAUUACUGUAUUGUUCCGAAUCGUCACAGGGGAAGACUGGAACAAGAUUAUGCAUGAUUGUAUGGUUCAGCCUCCAUUUUGUACUCCAGAUGAAUUUACAUACUGGGCAACAGACUGUGGCAAUUACGCAGGGGCACUUAUGUACUUCUGCUCCUUCUAUGUCAUCAUCGCCUACAUCAUGCUGAAUCUGCUUGUAGCCAUAAUUGUGGAGAAUUUCUCCUUGUUUUAUUCCACUGAAGAGGACCAGCUUUUAAGUUACAACGACCUUCGCCAUUUUCAAAUUAUAUGGAACAUGGUGGAUGAUAAAAGAGAGGGUGUGAUCCCCACUUUCCGAGUGAAGUUCCUGCUACGGCUGCUGCGUGGGAGGCUGGAAGUGGACCUAGACAAAGACAAGCUCCUGUUUAAGCACAUGUGUUAUGAGAUGGAGAGGCUACACAAUGGUGGUGAUGUCACCUUCCAUGAUGUCUUGAGCAUGCUCUCCUACCGCUCUGUGGACAUCAGGAAGAGUCUGCAGCUGGAGGAGCUGCUGGCAAGGGAGCAGCUGGAGUAUACAAUAGAGGAGGAGGUGGCUAAGCAGACCAUUCGCAUGUGGCUGAAGAAGUGCUUGAAACGCAUCAGGGCUAAACAGCAGCAGUCAUGCAGCAUCAUCCACAGCCUGAGGGAGAGCCAGCAGCAAGAGCUGAGUCGAUUCCUGAACCCUCCCAGCAUCGAGACCACCCAGCCAAGCGAGGACACUAAUGCCAACAGCCAGGACCACAAUACGCAACCUGAGACAAGCAGUCAGCAGCAACUCUUGAGCCCUACUCUGUCAGACAGAGGAGGAAGUCGACAGGAUGCAGCAGAUGCGGGGAAACCCCAAAGGAAGUUUGGGCAAUGGCGUCUGCCCUCAGCUCCAAAACCACUAAGCCAUUCGGUGUCUUCCGUUAACCUACGGUUUGGAGGACGGACAGCUAUGAAGUCUGUGGUGUGCAAGAUGAACCCCAUGCCAGACACAGCUUCCUGUGGCUCUGAAGUUAAGAAGUGGUGGACCAGACAGCUGACUGUGGAGAGUGAUGAGAGCGGAGAUGACCUUCUGGAUAUUUAGACAGGAAGCAAGACAAAGGCAGUCACAGGGUGAAAACUGUUGUCUAAUAGUUUCCUUCAUCAUCCAGAGAGCAAUGAACUGAAUUUCACCUUGAUAGGGGAUUCUCUCCAUUGAUUUUUGUCUGUUUGUAGGAAUGGGCUACCAAAGCAGCAUGUGUUGUGGAUUACUGUAAUAUAUUCAAGAAAAUUUGGGACUAAGGAUACAGGUCAGUAAAAGAUCACUUACCCAGUAUGUGCAAAGCCCUGUGUUUGAAUCACAGAAACACAAGAAAAGGAAGAAAAUGUAUAUAAUGGCAGUGUUGCUAAUAUUAGAGUUGCAUCAAUAGCAGAUUAUAUCAAACAUUUAUGUGUUCUGUGUGUGAGAGCUAAGAUGUAUUCAUCUGUAAUCUUGUAUGCUGUUACUUCCCCUCCCAAAAAGUGCUAAGUCCAUAUUCACAGUACAGGGGAUAUAGUCUGAUUCAUGCUCCCUCCCUCCCCCAUUUCCAAUAGAAAUACUUCCCUUGAAAGAAACUAUUUAUGAGUGAUCUAAAAAAAACGUCAGCAGUGAACUCAUGAUAUUCUUUUUCUCAAGUCAUUUUUUUAAAAAAAUAUGCAUGAGGUGUUCAGAAAUCAGAGCAACUUCUGUCUUUGAGUACUCUAAUGAAAGUGUUUCCUGCUUCCAAGAAAAUUGUGUGUGCAGGUCCCAUGUAAAGGAAUUGGCCCCGAUGCUAAUUGAUGUAAAAUAAACCAGUAGGCUGAUUACUUCAGGUACAUGAGGAGAUAAAAAUAUUUUGAAAUCUUGAAAAGUCCUUUGGAUUAUGGAGUCUAGAAAACAGAAAAAAGUGCCAGACUCAACUUAGUUAAAAGGUUUGCAUUUGAGAGGUUAUCAUGAACUUCAUGUUUUAUCCUUGAUGCAGCCGUUUUGCUAUGAGUCAACAGGGCAUUCUGAAUUGGCUCUGAUACACAAUUACUAUUCUAGAUUCAAAAUAAUUUCCCUGCUACCAGAAUUAUGUAUGGAAAUAAUAGGAGGGUGGGAAAAAACACCUCACUCUGAACCCAUUUUGGGAGUACCACAACUUAAUUUAUUUUUCCCCCACAUCAAUGGUCCAUGUCCUCAGGGAAAAAUUAGAAACACAAAGUCGCUGGGGAACAUUAGUGGACCCUAGGAUGGACAGGGCCUCCCCUGAGUUGUCACUUUUAAUUGCAGAUUUGGUGUUCAGAUUAUUUUAAGAAAUUGAGUAUGUAAACAAUUAUCCAUCUCCUAUGUUGCUUUAUGAUAUCCUUGUCUCCAUUUAACAUUCUUCAAAUAACCAAACAUUGCAUCCCUUCUAUAUAAAAGGUGUGACAUUAUGUGACCAUCCAUUGCUUACUUGGUUACUUGUGCCUAUAAGAUAAUAGGUAACUCAAGUUAGUGUGGGGGGAUUUUUAUUUGAUUUUAUGUUCAUUUGGAAUUUAAGUUUUGUAUAUAA